AUGUAUGACGACUUGGGCUCCUCCAUCGAUGACGAGGGUGGGGUUUCUCUUCCCAGCGAAACAAUGAAGUCCUCGACACGCAAAAGCAUGAGUUCCCUUUUUGCACAGGAUGCGAUGCAGUCAAAGCAGGGUGUCACCUCUCUGCGAUAUGGGAAUCAAAGUAGAGAAAACAAGGCCGUUUCGCUCUCUGCCAUGAGGGGGAAUAGUGCGCCCGGUUACCCACCCAAUGCUCCAUCUCCCUUGCAGACCGCUGUACAGGCGGUGACACUUGCGUAUAGGGGUGAAACCUCUGUGGGGGCAUGUGUGGUCGCUGUCUGUGUGCCGCACGCAAAUGCCCCGAUUGCCACCCCACUUAUUGCUAUUGUCGACCGCGAAAAACGUCCACAAUGCCGUGUUACGGUCGAUAGAAACUUGCAAUUUAUCCAGAAUGGAUCUUCACCGCAGUAUGCCUUUUUGUAUGACCCCAGCUUGGGCUCUCACUGGACUUUGAUGUUUAAGGGACGCCGCGAAUGCACAGAGUUUUCCUCUGCUCUUUACACCACUCUCCACUAUAUGGAGAUGAGUAUUGGCACUGUACCACCCUUUGUUGAGUGGAGUAAUGAAACGAAAGUAGAAGGAGGAGAACCUCAAUUGGAAGCUUCUCGUGGUGGUGUCGUCGCAAUCUCUUAUAUGGCAUGGCUGCUUCGUAGGGUGCCUGGUACCAGUUUUUUUUCGCUUGGCAAAAUGGUUGAGGAUGUCUCUCCAUUAGCCCCAUGUGAGGUGGUGGUUGGUGGUGGUAAUCUGAUGGCAGGAAUUGAAGAAGCUCUUAUUGGCAUGCAAAAGGGCACCUCACGAUUAGUGUUUGUGCCCCCGAAGAAGACAGAUGUGAGGAUGGGCAUGGGCAAUCCGGAGGUAUCUCCAACUGACACUGUCGUGGUGCACCUCACCUGCCACGAUGUCAUGACUCGUUUUGGUAUGAACCAUGGCAGCAAACCGAUAAUGGUUACCCCUACAGAGAACAUUCCUCCUGACAGUGGCACUCAGGCAACAUCAACAACCUCAGUUACACAAGUGGAAGCUUCAUCGACGCGGGUAGCGAAUGCUCCCGUGGCUGUAGCAGGUGACAUCAGUACAGUUUUGCAGGCUAUUCUUCUACAGAUGCAGCAGCAGCAGCAGCAGCAGCAAAAAAACGCCGGUAGUACCAACAACAGUACGGGUUGUGGUUUUGGGAACGACGUCAGUGGGCCCUGGAGCCUUGUGGAGCGCAGCAUUGACCGCAUUUACAUGCAACUAUCCUCUCUUUACGAGAAGGUUGAUCGUUUUCCCAUCGCAGACAUCAUCAAUAAGAACAACGCCGCGAUUGAACAAAUCAUGAAGAGGGUAGUGGGAAAAGCCCCUACGGAUGGUAUGGACGUGGAGGACAUGCCAAAGGAUCGGGAUGAGCUAUUGGCCACUAUUGAGCGCCUUAAGAGGCGUCUUGAAGAGGAAACAAGCAAUUACCAUCGGGCCCUUGAGGCGAUGGGACGUCACAAGGAUGAGGUACACCAUUUGCAGAAUGAUCUGCGCAUUGAGCAAGAAACACAUGCAUCGCGUGUUAGGCAUCUAGAGGAGCAUCACCGCUUGAAGUUUGUGGAGGUGGAGGUGCGGCACCGGCAGGCCCUCGAACAGGCUGCCAAAGAGAAGUUACUUGAGGGCCGCGAAAUGGGCUUUAAGGAGGGCCUGCAGUUGGGCAAACUGGAGGCAACUGACGCAUCUGGGGGUCACAGCAAUCGCGAGUGGAGAGACCGCCUUUUUGCCAGCGAGCAACGCGUUGUAGAGUUGGAGACUGAAAUGCAGGAACAAGCAUCACAGCACAUCUCUGAGCGAAGCCGGCUGCAGGAGCAGAUUGACACCUUGCAUGAAUUGACGGCGAAGUUAGAUAUGCGCGCGCAACACGCAGGAGUGGCUUUUCAGCAUGGGGCUGAUGAGACUUUACGUCAAUGCAAACGCCUGCGCCGUGCUAUGAAUGCGGCAUACGCAAAAAUUGAGAUUCAACUCUUUGGACUGGAUCAAGAGAAAGUGGAGGUAAAGGAUGUACUGCAGAUGGUGAUGGUUGCGCUUAGGUCCGAAGCUGACGCGUUUAUCGAUGAAAUAAAAAAGGAGGCUGCACUCUGGGUUGGGGUGGGUUCCCACAGUGAGACACCAAUAGAAAUAACGACCUCUGCAGUGAAGAGUGAGGAAACCUUCCCAGAUCAGGUGACACCGACGGAAACAGAAGCAGCGAAAGAGGAGGACGAUGCCGCUUUGCUUGAUCGCAAACAAGACCCCUCGAUGAAUACAAGGCAGGCUGAGAACAAAUCUGUACAGCUGGACGGGUUGCCACCUGUGCCGCUACCUCCACUGACGCUUGGUAUGGUAUCGUCCACGUGUGACAAUCCUCCUAAUGUAUUCUCAGAGAAUGAGGAGCCAGCUGUUAGGGGUGAUGAAUCUGGCCCCAACGUUGCCAGCGAGGACGAGGAGGAUAACAUGAACGCCUGCAAGGGAGUUGUAGUCGCUGGUUGCUUGCCAAAGCCCGCGUCCAAUAUCGGCAACAAAGAUUGA